AUGUACCAGAAGAAAAAGUCCUCAGUGAUAAGGGAGAGUAUCGUAAGGAAAUAUCAGGAGAUCCAGACUGUCCUGGAUGAGGACCUGAGGGUUACACUCUCCCAUCUGGAGAUGGAGGAGCGAGCUGCUGUCUCUGCCUUGGAUGGGCUCAUGGAGAGGAACUGUUCUCUGAUUCAAGAUAUAGAACAGGACCUGGCCAGACUCACUUUGGCACUGGACCACACCGACACAGAGCCUGAUACAAUGGAAGACAUGGAGUCAGGGGACAGAGUGAUGGAUGUGCUAAACAGAACAGACCCAAGCAGUGUAACUCUGGAUGAAGCUAAAGCUGAGCAGAUCCUCAGCCUCACCAACAACAUGCUUCUGCUUAUCUGCUCACAGACCCCUAUAAUCAAGAAACUUAUGAAGAGCUAUUCUAGCGAGGUGUGCCUGGAUCCAGAGACGGCGCACCCAAAGCUGGUCAUCUCCUCCCAGGGUGACAGCGCCACCUACACAGACACCUGGCAGCAACUCCCUGACGUCCCUGGACGCUUUGACACCACCCUUAAUGUCAUCAGCAUGCACGGCUUCACCUUUGGUCGUCAUUACUGGGAGAUAGAUGUGACUGGGAAGACUUACUGGGAGCUUGGUGUUACGUACCCCACCAUUCCACGCAAAGGCACAACUGAGGACUGCUGGCUGGGCCGAGGAGCUGAGUCCUGGUGUGUGGAGUUCUUUGAUGGGGAGUAUACAGCCUGGCAUGGAGGGGUGCCACAUCAGUUACCUUUCACAAAACGUUUCUGCCAGAUCGGCGUGUUGUGUAGUUUCCCUGCAGGAUUGGUGACUUUUCUUGAGGCAGAAAAAAUGACACCCCUGUUUUCUUUCUGUGCGGGAACCUUCUCAGACUGCCUCCACCUGGCCCUGUGUCCUGGUCAUGACCACAAUGGCAACAAUGCAAAACCUAUUGUAAUUUGUAAUGCUUCAUCUCCAACCUCUGACCCUGGAUUAGUGGCUCCACUGAAGAGCUUUUAG